CUUUCAUUUCAUGGUAUUACAUUGUAGCUUGAGAUGAGAGUUGAGAGGCAGCGUCUUCUUCAUCAACGGUGGCGUAGGGAUCAAUCCGUUUGAUAGAAAAACCAUUUCCAUUUCCAAUGGCUAACGAAAUCCCUCACGAUGAGGUAGUGUGCGUUACCGGCGCCAACGGUUUCAUCGGUUCGUGGCUGGUCCGAACCCUCUUGGAGAAGGAGAACCCACGCUACACCAUCCACGCCACCAUCUUCCCCGGCUCCGACGCCUCCCACCUCUUCAACCUCCACCCCUCCGCCGCCAGCCGCCUCACCCUCUUCCCCGCCGACCUCCUCGACGCCGCCGCCCUCUCCCGCGCCAUCACCGCCUGCUCCGGCGUCUUCCACGUGGCCUCCCCCUGCACCCUCGAGGACCCCACAGACCCCCAAAGAGACCUUCUCGAACCCGCGGUUCAGGGCACCCUGAACGUCCUAACCGCCGCAAGGCGCGUGGGCGUGCGGCGCGUGGUGCUCACCUCCUCGAUCUCCGCGAUGGUGCCGAACCCGGGGUGGCCGGCGGGGCGGGCCGCGGACGAGGCGUCGUGGACGGACGUGGAGUACUGUAAGGGAAGGGGGAAGUGGUACCCGGUGGCGAAGACGGAGGCGGAGAGGGCGGCGUGGGCGUUCGACGGCGUGGAAGUUGUGGCGGUUCUCCCGGCGACGUGUUUAGGGCCGCUUCUGCAGCCGGAUCUCAACGCGAGCUCCGCCGUGCUGCGGGAGCUGAUGAUGGGGUCGAGGGAGACGCAGGAGUAUCACUGGUUGGGUGCGGUGCAUGUGAAGGACGUUGCUAAAGCUAAUGUUUUGUUAUAUGAAACCCCCACUGCUGCUGGUAGAUACCUCUGCACCAAUGGUAUCUACCAGUUUUCUAGUUUUGCUGCCAUGGUCUCUGAAUUGUACCCCGAAUUCCCUAUUCACAGGUUCCCAGAAGAAACGCAACCUGGCCUGACAGCAUGUAAAGAUGCAGCAAAGAGACUAAUGGACUUGGGUCUUGUCCUCACACCAAUUCAAGAUGCUGUGAGAGAAGCAGUGGAGAGCCUCAUAGCUAAAGGCUUCCUGCAAUGCACACCCUCACAGAGUUAGUAUUUAGAUUUCAUUUAGUUUUUCUCGUAGGCAUAAAUAACCACUGGUUUAUUUUCUUUUCCCCCUUUGAUACAAGGUAGAAGUAAUAAUGAAUAUAAAUAUGCCAAGUUUAUUGAGGUAGAAGUAGAGUAAUUAAUCUCUUCUUUUGUUAUAUUUAUCGGCUUCGUUUGGAAAGUAACAUUCAUUAUCACUUCUGUUGUUGUAUCACUUGUCAAGUUGUCCUGACAUGGUAUUGUUGUGACUGCUCAUUUUAUGUACAAGAGUUAUGGUUGAGACUUGAAUCCUUUCACGUAAAAAGGUGUGUUUUGUGUUAAGUGAAAA